GCCACGCUGCUGUCCCAAGCCAACAACAGUGCGAAUGUAGUGAUCGUCAGGCGUCGAAGGCGCCCGAACCGGGAUAGCAUCAUCAGCGAUAUGUCCUCUGAUAAGGUUCUCUAUCGGUUAGAUCAACCUCAUGGCCCUGGAUCUGUUUAUGUAUCUUGGCGUCCUGGCAACAGCACUCACUUAGCCACAACAGGAUGUGACUCCACAGUAGCAAUCGUAGAUAGGCAAGGAGAGUUGCGAGAACGCUUGCAAUUAGCUGGCUUGUGUACAGGUUUUGGAUGGGAUUCAGAUGGAGAUAUUCUAGCUGCUGUUACAAAUAGCUCAUCGAUCAUUAUGCUAUGGAAUGCAACCACUGGCAAGAGAUCCCAAGUAGAUGCAGGUGUCAGAGAUGGAUUGACGUGCAUGAUGUGGGCAAAGAAAAAUUGUUUGUUAGCUAUUGGGACUCAAAAAGGGAAUCUUGUCAUUUAUGAUCACAUUAAUUCAAAGAGGAUACCAAUUUUAGGAAAGCAUAGAAAAAAAAUUGUUUGUGGUGCAUGGUCAGCUGAAGGUCUUUUAGCUCUAGCUGGAGAAGAUAGGAUUUUAUCAGUUAGCACAAGUGAUGGAGAUACUCGUAGAGAAAUAGAACUUCAUGGUGAUCCAACAGAUAUACAAUUUAGUGAAAUGAAAAUGGAUCAGAGACCUGGUGGUGAACACACAGUUUCACUUAUUGUUAGCAAAACUACCCUUUACCUGUAUAAUAUUCUAGAUCCAGAAAAUCCUAUUGAAUUGACAUUUCAAAAAAGAUAUGGCCCCAUAGUAUCUUACAAAUGGUAUGGAGAUGGCUAUAUUUUGCUUGGAUUCGAGGCAGGUUAUAUCACGGCCAUUUCAACUCAUAUCAAAGAAGUCGGCCAAGAGCUUUUUCAAGUGAAAAAUCAUAGAGAUUCGCUAAACGACCUUGCAAUUAAUCAUACGACUGGUAAAGUUGUAACCUGCGGUGAUAAUAAUUUGAAAAUACACAGCAUACAAAAUAUCGAGGAAACGGAAAAAGUUAUUACUGUAACUGGCGAAACUGGAGUCAGUGCGGUAUCCUGGUCAGCCGAUGGGUCAAUGCUUGCAACUGUUACUCAUAGUGCAAACAUCUUGAUUUAUUUAGCACAAAUUCCAAAGUUAACUAGCGUCUGUGGAAAUAGAAUAGCAGUACUAAUCAGUUUAUCUGAAGUUGCAGUUUAUUUGUAUACUCUAGAUAAAGUUAAACCUUCGCCUCAAAUCGUAAAUACAAUCAUAGAACCCUCGAUAAUAGCAGUUGGUCCACUGCAUGUAGCGGUUGCAUUGAAUAAUAGAGCUUUAUUUUGGAACUUGUCUAUAAGUCAAAAUAGUAACUCUUCAAUGACUCACUUUGAGCGAGAUUAUUUAGCGUCUGUAGAGUCGAUGUUUUUAAAUGAAAUAUACGCUUCUGUAUUAUUUGAUGGAAAAUUACAGUUACAUACGAUUAAAAGUGAUCCGACUUUAAUAAAAGAAAGAAAGGAUACUAAAAUUUUCCCAGACCAAAGUGCCUUAAGUUCUAGAAUAAUGUGUCAUGCAAUUUCUGCCGAUUUUUUGAUAUACGGAGACGAUAUGGGUAACCUUGUAUAUUUUUACCUGGAAGAGUUUAAACAAGCUGUUAGGUAUUCUCAUACAUGCGGUAUCAAACAAGUAUACUUAGAUGCGAAUGGAUCUGAAGCUUGUUUCAUUGACAAUAAGCGAGAUAUCUUUGUAUAUGAUCCCCUCAAUGAAACUGUGUUCCAAGCACCUGAUAGUCCUGAUUCUGCGGAAGGCGUUGUUUGGGAUCAGAAUUUAUUGGAACGUAAUAUAUUUGCUGCGUAUAAUAGUAAUAUAAUUACAACGUACGCAUUCAUACGAUAUCACAUUGAUGGUACGAAGAUAAUUAGGAUCAGUGAUACCAAGUUGCCUUCAGAUACAGUUCCUGCUCUAAUGUACUCCGGUGAAAUGACAUUGAGCUCGUCGGGGAGUAAGUUAAUUCAAGUCACUUUAUCAUCACACGAAGAAAUCGGUAACAUAGUUGAAACUAAAAAAUUAGUUGAGAUUCUCGAUAAACAAAUACUUUGUGGAAGAUUUCAGAAAGCUUGGGACACUUGCAAAAGAUUAGGCGAUAGAAAUGAAUGGUUAAAAUUAGGAGAUAAUUCACUGAAACACUUAAAUUUGAAAAUGGCGGUGAGGGCAUACCGAGAAAUUGAAGACGUUCCAAUGGUCUGGGCUAUACAGAAAUUAGAAGACAUCAGUGAGUUUGAACUGCUUUGUGGUCACGUUUGUACUCUUUUGGGCAAAUAUGACGAAGCCGAGAAGCAUUUCUUGAAAUCUUCUCAACCGGUUGAAGCUCUGUACUUAAGAAGAGACCUAAUGCAGUGGGUAGCAGCUUUGAAACUCGCACAAACACUGAAGCCUGACGAAAUACCAUUUAUUGCCAGAGAAUACGCGCAACAAUUAGAAUUGACUGGAAACUAUCCUCAAGCUUUGGUAAACUACGAACGAGCAUUAAAGGAAACUACCGAAGAGAUGUUGGAGAAGAAUCCUAGUCAUAAAAUUCAGUGUGAAGCUGGCAUCGCACGCACUUCUAUCAGAUGCGGAGAUAGCCGUAAAGGCGUUACCAUUGCUUCGGAAAAAGAUAAGCCGAGAUUAUUGAAAAAGGAGUGUGCCGAGAUUCUUGAGAAUAUGAAGCAAUUCAACGAGGCUGCUGUGUUGUAUGAAAAAGCUGAAUAUUUCGAUAAAGCAGCAUCGGCAUAUAUCAAACUAAAAAAUUGGCAUAAAGUUGGCCAACUCUUGCCGCAAAUAUCAUCUCCUAAAAUUAAUAUCCAGUAUGCCAUAGCUAAAGAAACUGAAGGGAAGUAUGAAGAAGCGGCAAGAGCUUAUGAGGCAGCCAAAGACUAUGAUAACAUUAUUAGAAUUAAUUUGGAGCAUUUGAACAAUCCUGCUCGCAGUGUUGAGAUUGUUCAACAAACUAAAAGUAUAGAAGGAACAAAGAUGGUUGCAAGAUUUUUUCAGAAAAUGAACGAUUACAACUCAGCUAUCAAGUUCCUGAUAUUGUCUAAUUGCCACGAUGAGGCUUUCCAGCUUGCCAAUCAACACAGUAAGAUGGAAUUAUACGGUGAAAUUUUAGCGAAUACUUUGAACGAUGGUAGCGUUAGAAAAGAGGAUUUCAGAAGUCUUGCUAUACAUUUUGAAUCUCAAAAGAACAGUUUGCUAGCAGGCAAAUAUUAUUUUUACGCCAAAGAAUUUCACAAAGCCUUGAAACAUUUGUUAAAAGCUGCUCAAAUACUAACAGAUGAUGAUGAAGCAUUAAGCUUGGCUAUUGACACAGUUGCUACUUCAAGAGAUGAAAAAUUAGCUAACCAGCUUAUCAACUUUUUAUUAGGUGCAGAUGGCAUUCCAAAAGAUCCAAAAUAUUUAUUCCGUUUGUACAUGGCCCGAAAACAAUAUCGUGAGGCAUCGAAAACUGCGAUCAUUAUCGCCAAUGAAGAACAAAUAAAUGGAAACUAUAGAAAUGCUCAUGAUGUCCUUUUCGGUAUGUAUCAAGAGUUAAAAAGAAAUAAGAUCAAUGUGCCAUUGGAAAUGCAAACCAAUAUGAGAUUACUGCACUCUUAUAUAUUAGUGCGGUUGCAUGUCAAAAGGAAUGAUCAUUUGAAAGCUGCAAGAAUGUUAAUACGAGUUGCAAAUAACAUUUCUAAAUUUCCUUCUCACGUCGUACCUAUUUUAACUUCUACUGUAAUUGAGUGUCAUAGAGGAGGUCUCAAGUCGGCAGCUUUCAAUUAUGCUGCUAUGCUCAUGCGUCCGGAAUACAGAUCUCAAAUCGACCCAAAGUAUAGCAAAAAGAUCGAGGCCAUUGUGAGAAAACCACCUCGUAAUAAAGAAAGAGAAGAGGAUGAACCGCUUACUGGCUGCCCAUAUUGUAAAAGUCGCUUGCUUGAGACUGAAGUUAAUUGCGAUAAAUGCAAACAUACUAUACCCUUUUGCAUAGCGACUGGUCGGCAUAUUAUAGACAACGAUUUUACUGCUUGCCCCCAAUGUGAUUUUCCAGCUAUUAGAAGUGAAUUUAUAAAAAUACUCGAAACCGAUAAAACGUGCCCAAUAUGUUCGGAACACGUUGAUCCAAAUAAUGUACCGAACAAUUUGGAUAUUCGUCCAUAUCUAUAUCUACACGACACCAAGAUUGAAACCUAAUGGUCAAAUCUCAAUUAGCGUGCUUUGCACACUGAUUAUUACCAUGUCAACGAAAUCGAGGAAGCAGAUUUAUUGGGACUCGAUUUUGAAUAUAACGAUUCCGUCCAAAUCAGCGUGACUAGUUGUUAUAGUGUUUAGUAAUUUUAUUUAUUAAUUUUAUUUAGUAACUUUAUAACAUGUAUUGUGGCUUGAAAAUUAAAAUAGAAUAUACUCACAUGUAUUCGAACAUGAUCUCACGUACUUUGAAUUUCGAUAGACUGAUUAUUGUUAGUAUUACUUAGAAAGUAAUUUUUCUUUUUAUUUACGUUUAGGACUCCUUUAUCUUUUAAACUGUUAUUUUGUUACAUCAAUAACCUCAUUACAUCAUGGAUAAAUCGUAAGUUACUAAAAAGUCAGUAUUAAUGUGUAAAAGCCUCUCGUCAUCGUAUUCCAUUGUAAUUCUACUUGACCACAUGUAGGUGUAUAAUAUUAUUCAAGAUUUAGAAAAUGGA